AUGGUUCAAGAAGAUCGCUGUGUCAAUGCGAUUGCCCAAUAUGGAAGAUCCCCAAUCUUCACGGACUCAGUCAAUACGGAGAUCAUUCUACACCAAGAGAUCACCAGGAAGUCGACAUCAGGGCUCUAUGUACGCUAUUUCUUCAUACGGGACGCAGUAGCGGACAAUCUCAUCAGUCCUCACCGGAUUAGUACUAAGGAAAAUGCUGCCGGCGGAUUUACAGAAGCACUGAGGAUGGAAGAGCUUCCUGGCUUCCUUAAUCUCCUCGGUAUGGACGAUAGUUAA